CUGUUGAUACUUCAUUCAGUAGCGAACAGAAACAAAUCAUUAAACAGUACAUGGCCACUCUGGGAGACGACGUCUGGAGACACACUAUAGUUCUGUUCACGUGGGGCGACAGAUUUCCAGACAUCUCCAUCGAGCAGCACAUUGAGAGUGAAGGUGAAGCUCUUCAGUGGCUGGUUGAGAAAUGCAGGAACAGAUAUCACGUCUUUGACAACACAGACAAGAAGAAUCGAGAUCAAGUCACAGAGCUGCUGCAGAAGAUUGAUGAGAUGGUGGCAGAAAACAGUCUGUUCUGCUUCAACACUCAGUGUGCUGCAGAAGUGAACCGUUAUGAGACCGACACACAACAAGACGAGGAAUUAAGUCUGAACACUGAACAAUUACUGACGUUAAUGUUCCAGGAGAUGAAAAACAGGCAUAAAGAAAUAAAAAGGAAGCUGGAGGAAUUAGGGGUGGAUGUCACUAGAUGUAGAGAUGACGAAAGUGAUCGAUGGAGCAUGGAGGGCCCCAUACAAUUGAAAGCUGAUGAGAAACUCAUAGAGAAGAUAAGGAGAGAAGUAAGCAGAUGGGAAGCAAUUCUAACGAAUGGGAUGUUGAACAUUCAGAAUCCUGAAGCAUCUCGCGGUGAGUUAUUUAAUUUUACAUCAUUUAAGUUGCUUAAUGGAAACAUUUUCUUCAUUUUUAGUUUAACAUUGUAUGCCAGUUUAUUUCAUGUCCAAAUCACAUUCUUUGCCUCUUACAUUGUCAUAUUCAUUAACUCUACAGGUGAAACUCUUAUUCAAAGUAGAAAUGAAAUGGUGUUGAGGUGGCUUCAACAAUAUGAGGAAUACAGGCCAUCUAAAAUAAACGUCAGAUAAUACUUCCAAACUUCAGUGAGGAAAAAAUGCAUGGCUGUAAAUACCAGUUUGCAGAACAUUCUGCAUGAAAAUAUGCUAAAUAUACUGUAUGCAGUAUACAUUUUACAUUUUACAUGGCAAUUAAUUCUAAAUGUUUUUUUUCUAAUUAUUCAUGUUUGUGUAUUUCUAUAACUAACAACUGAUAUUGUUGGGUAAAAUCUAAAAAAGUAUGUUAUUUUUACAUUAUAAUUCUCAUAAUAUGAAGUCAUUUUUGAGUUAUGAUUUAGUCUAAGACAAUUAAUAUUCAAUAACCUGAACAAGUACAAAGAACAGCAUAGACUUGGGAAUGUUAAAAUUUCUUAAAAUGCACCCUUUGAUUUUCAAUCCCUGUAUCAUUGUAACCUUUAAACCAAUUAAUACCUACAUAAAGUAAACACCUCUCAAGAGUCU